CGAUACGCCCUGCUCAGCUCUACACUGUCCAUAUCAUUCGGAGACUUGCAAACAUAAAGCCAGGUAAGGCCCAUGUAUGCGUUCGUCUAACUCGCUCUAUUUUCCCUUUACUUCCUCUUUCCUCUCUGGUGAAAGUCAACUACAGAAGCCCUCAUCUAGAUUGCCGUUGGUUCUGCAAUUUUUCUUUACUGGAUUAGUUUGAUCUUCUCUUACCGUCUCUCUCUCUGUUUAGGUUGAUAAGGCUGAAAGAGGCAAGUUGAAGUCUAUAUGUGAUGUCAGAAAAAUUCCCUAAGGCUGACAAGAUGAAGGGUGGUAAUUAUAUGAAGAAUCUUCAGACUUACAACGAAAGAAUUGUUGAUAGUGCUGGAGUGGAGGAAGAAGAAUUUGACAAGUGAAGGUCCAAGGCAAACGAUGAUCAGGAAGGAUAUGGAGGGGAAUAUGCUUUUUGGUUGAUCAAUAAGCUCAAGCCUUCGGACCUAUAAACUUGGCCGUGUUGGUUUUGGAUUGAAAUCUCUGCUUCCAAGGCGCCUAGACACCAUGCAAACAAGGAAAAUUUUUGGGAUUUCCCUGUCCCUGAUUAUCAUUAACAUGGCUGCUAUAAUGGAGCGAGCUGAUGAAAAUCUCCUUCCAUCUGUUUACAAAGAAGUCAGUGAAGCUUUUUCUGCAGGGCCAUCUGAUCUUGGUUAUCUGACUUUUAUACGCAAUUUCAUUCAGGGAUUGGCUUCUCCAGUAGCAGGUAUAUUAGCGAUUAGUUAUGACCGCCCUACUGUUCUUGCGGUUGGUACUCUCUGCUGGGCCUUGUCAACAGCUGCAGUAGGUGUUAGCCAGGACUUUUUACAAGUUGCAUGUUGGAGAGCAGUAAAUGGUUUUGGACUGGCUAUUGUGAUUCCAGCACUUCAGUCUUUCAUUGCUGAUAGCUAUGUUGAUCGUGUGCGAGGGACUGGUUUUGGGUUUCUAAAUCUCGUUGGUACUGUGGGUGGUAUAGGAGGUGGAGCAAUUGCUACAGUUAUGGCUGGUCAUAAUUUCUGGGGUAUACCUGGAUGGAGAUUUGCCUUCAUGGUGAUGGCAGCAUUGAGCUGUUUGAUUGCUUUUCUUGUUCAUGCAUUUGUUGCUGACCCAAGAAGAAGAACUACUACUAACCACGAUACCAGCCAGGCUUUGUUCAGGGAUGAAGUGAUGGAUAAGGGAAAUGCUAACUCAGUGUCACUUUGGGUGGAAUCAUGGCAAGCAAUGAAAGCUGUUACAAGAGUUCCCACUUUCCAAUACAUUGUGUUGCAGGGUCUUGUUGGUUCACUGCCUUGGACAGCCCUAGUAUUUUUGACGCUGUGGUUUGAACUAAUUGGUUUUGAUCACAACAGUUCAGCAGCCCUUGUCGGUAUCUUUGCUGCUGGAUGUGCACUGGGGUCUUUCGUUGGUGGAAUAAUUGCAGAUCAAAUGUCACGCUUAUACCCAAAUUCAGGGCGCAUAAUGUGUGCACAGUUCUGUGCUUUUAUGGGCAUUCCAUUCUCAUGGUUCCUUCUGAGAGUUAUCCCACAGUCUGUGAGCAGCUAUUCGACAUAUGCUGUCACCCUCUUCUUGAUGGGCCUUACUAUUAGCUGGUGUGCUACUGCUACAAAUGGUCCAAUGUUUGCUGAGGUUGUCCCUGUGAAACAUCGGACCAUGAUUUAUGCAUUUGAUCGUGCUUUUGAAGUAUCCUUUUCUUCUUUUGCUGCCCCUGUGGUUGGAAUUCUUGCAGAAAAGAUGUAUGGCUACGAUCCAAAAUCUGUUGAUCCUGUUGUAGGGUCCGGAAGAGAAGCCUUGGCUUUGUCAAGAGGCCUUUUCUCCAUGAUGGCAGUUCCAUUUGGUUUGUGCGGUUUAUUUUACACACCUUUGUAUUGGAAUUUCGGGCAUGAUCGAGAAAAUGCUAGAAUUGCUACCGCAAAAGAAACAGAGAUGAUAUGACAGUUUUAUCGACAUUGUUGGUUUUUUUUUCUUCUUUUUUGAAGCAUUAUUUUGUUAGCCAACUGAGAAAUGAACUAUUACAUCAUAACUGAAAUCCAUACUUUUUACGUCCUACAUUUUGCAUGAUGUAUUUAAACUCUAUCAUUGAGAUUUUAUUCAAAA